AUUUUUAAACCUAUUUGCACCAAUAAUAAUAAUAAUAAUAAUAGCCUAUAAAUAAAUAAAAAAAACAAUGAGGUGAAAAGUUUGUUUUAAUUUGAUACAUAAAAAAAAGUUUUCUUUUGACGCAUCACUUCUUGCCUAAAGGUUGCAGCAAUUUCCCCCUAGUUGGGUCUUAUAAAUAAGUAGCUGCUGUUUGCCUCCCUCUUCUCCACAGCCCUAUUCUCCUCCUCCUCCCCCCUUCCUCCUUCCUCCUCCUCCUCCUCUGGUCAUAGAAGCUCCUCUGCGCGCUCAGCUGCGCACAGACGCGUAAAGCCAGCUGGAGUUCCCACGAGUCUCCAGUUGAUCAGAAACUCAAUAAACUUCUGAUCCAGUUCUCUAUUAUAGGUAUUUGGAUUAAUCAAUUGUCUAGAGGAGUUUCUUCUAUGACCGUUCGGAUCCUGGAAACGCAGAUCCACAGAUUGAAGUCCCAGGGGUUAACAUUUACUGUCGUCAGGUGUUUCCUCAUAAAAGAAAAAGACCCACGAAUGCAACAACCAUGGAUGUUGGCAACGAUGUAGAUUUGUCCAACAACAACAUCACACCUCUGUGGAAACCGCACAGCAGCAAACUCCCCCAGAACUUGAACAAAACCAGACAACGACCUAUCAGUUACCACCACAAUGGCGUGACGACUUCUGACUUCCACUUGGAGAACGUGGACUGCUCCUUUACUCCCAACCAGCCAGCUGAGAGUUUGAACAGAGUCACCCUAACUCAUGUCCUCCAAAAACCCUCCAAGAAGAGCAGAAUCGUCCGGAGCUUAAGCAGCGGACGCCGCACCAAAAAACAUGUCCCCAUGUCCAAAGUUAGGACUGAGGACAACAGAAGAACCUCUAAUGGAGACAAUGGCGUGGAGAAGGCUAAGAAUGGACAAGCUGUGUGGUUUGAAAGGCGUCUUCAGGACAACCAGAGGAGUCCGAUCAAGGAUGACACCGACUCAGCCUCAAUGUCUCCUCAGACACCUGAAAACCACCAAGAUUUGUUCUCGUCGAGCCCUUCUCCGCUGUCGCAUCUGCCCCUCACGCCCUCUCACAGCUCCACCUCCAGCAUCCCCUCGCUCCUGUCCCUGAACUCCUCAGAUCCUCCAACCCCACGCUCCUCAUCCCCAACUGACAGGGCCCAAACGCCAAUCAGACAGUCGCCAAUGUCCCUCUCACCCUCAUGCAGCACAAAGCAAUCCUCUACAUCUUCCUCAAUCUCCCCAUCACCUUCCCCCUCUGCCUCUCCCGCUACCCCCGUUGUCCUCAGCACCCACAGUCCAGCCGCUCUGAAGAUGGGCACCCAGCAGCUCAUUCCCAAAGGUUUAGCCUCUGAAAGUCGGCACAGUAAGCCGCCCGGGACACAAGGUCAGGGUUUAGCGGGACUGCUGGGCGUGGACCACUCCAAAAGAUCAGUGAAAGCUCUCAGUAUGGUGGAAACGGGGCCCUACUUCUCCACAGGCUCAGGCCAUGGUGAACACGCAGACGAGGAUAAUGACAGUCCAGGAGCUCUACGGAGAGGCUUGAGGAGCACGUCCUACAGGAAGGCGGUCGUGAGUAGCGUGGACAUGGACGACUCGAUGCUGAUGAAGCCCAUCCAAAGCCUCACAUUAAGUCCAGUCCAGUCAGCACAGAGCCCAACUAUUCCCAGCAGUCCGGAUUCAGUCAAGACUUUGAGUCCUGGGACUCCAAAAUCCUUGAGUCCCAGAACUUUAAAGCCCUCAAGUCCUGGGAUGGAAAACCAGAAAAGUGGCGGGAUGGUCAAAAGUCCAGAUAAGAAAAAAGUCUUGGUCUCUCAGCCGACUUUUGACAGCGAAGAAGAGGAGCUGUAUCAGAACUACAAGGAGAAAGCUUUACACAACGACUCGGACGAGGAUGCUGAUGCCCGAGAAAUCAAACCUGAUGAUGGCAUCGUGGUGCAGUACAGACCCUUGCGUACCACCUGGAGCCAACUCACUGUGGUGAAAAAAAGUGGUUUGUCUGACAAGGUGAGCCAAGAGGAACGCAAAAGACAAGAGGCCAUUUUUGAGCUCAUCUCGUCGGAGCACUCUUACUUCCACAGCCUGGAGAUCCUAAUCCGUCUCUUCAAGGACUCGGCAGAGCUCAGAGAGACCAUGACCAAAAUGCAGCACCACCAUCUCUUCUCCAACAUCUCAGACGUCUGUGAGGCCAGCAAGAAGUUUUUUAAGGAACUGGAGGAAAGACACGAAAUGAACAUAGUCAUUGAUGACAUCAGCGACAUUGUUUGCAAGCAUGCCGAGUCCAACUUUGACCCCUUUAUCACCUACUGCUCCAAUGAGGUCUACCAGCAGAGAACACUACAGAAGUUGGUUUCCACAAAUCCAGUUUUUAAGGAGGUAUUGACCAAGAUAGAGGCCCACCCAGACUGCAGGAACCUCCCGAUGAUCUCCUUCCUCAUCCUGCCCAUGCAGCGGAUCACCCGCCUGCCUCUGCUCUUGGACACUAUUUGUCAGAAGACACCCAAAAACUCCAAGCAGUACGAGGACUGCAAGACUGCUUUACAAGAAAUCAGCAAGGUGGUGCGAAAGUGUAAUGAAGGAGCCCGGACGAUGGAGCGAACGGAAAUGUUGUGCACCAUCAACUCUCAGCUGGAGUUUAAGAUCAAGCCGUUCCCUUUGAUCUCAAGCUCCAGAUGGAUGGUAAAGAGAGGGGAGCUGACCUCUUUGGUGGAGGGCGCCUUCCUGAAGCGAACAUCACGGCAGCACGUUUAUCUCUUCCUCUUCAAUGAUGUUCUCAUCAUCACCAGGAAGAAGAGCGAGGACAGUUACUCUGUGGUCGACUACGCUCUAAGAGAUGAGAUCUCCGUUAGCCUUUAUCAGCCCGAUGACCUCAAACCUAUGCUGAGCCCGCGGCCGUCCUCCAAUCACCUCUUCCAUCUGUGCUUCGAGCGCAACCACUCCGGCGAAAGGAUACAGAGGAUCCUCGGGACCGAGUCUCUGAACGAGCGUGCUCGAUGGAUCAGCGUUCUGGGUCAGAACCCCAAUAACAAGAAGGAUCAAGACAAAAGCAAUGCCAUCCAGGUGGAGGUGAUCAGGACAUACACAGCCAGGCAGCCAGAUGAACUGUCUCUGCAGGUGGCCGACGUGGUUCUGGUGUCACAGACUGUGGAUGGUUGGCAUGAAGGAGAGCGUCUGCGCGACGGCGAGCGGGGAUGGUUUCUGGCCGAGUGCGCCGUUCAGAUCACGUGCCCGGCCACCAUCGAACGCAACAUGCAGCGGAUGAAUCGCCUGCAGGGGCUGGAAACCAAUGUGUGAUGGGCUAACGAGGCGACGGUGUAAACAAGGAGAACGGUGACGCCCCGACACGUCGAUGACCCCGAUUCUGAAGUCAGUUCAGCGGCCACGCCAGGCUACCAGACAAAUCUAAAUCCAACAGAAUGACAAAGAGGAAGCCGUCACCCUGCUUAGCCGCACUUAACACGAGUUCUUUCAACCGUUCAGAGGACGGAAGGUUUCCUGCAUCGCUGAUCGCUCCACGCCGGUUUGAUCUUUCAGGUCCAUUAAUCUGUCGGGAAACUUCACACUUCCAGCCAAAGAUGCUGCUUUCAGCACCCUGCCACUUAACAAAAACUGACCGUGUGAAAUUGUAACCCUUUUUUUUUAAUACAAGUGUGCAUCCAGAGGCGCUAUAGGACGUAAAACGGGCCAAUUAGAGCAGAAAAGAACAUCAUCCGUGUCCUAAUGAGGCUCAGGUCGAGAGGGAGAGCUUUACUCCAACCAAUAAGUUCGACUUCCUGCAUUGUAUGAAGUCGAUUGUGAAUAAGACAUGUCUGAGUGGACAAUAUUGCAGCCGUCUGAGAGGAGCGAUCUCUCCCGCCGUCCUCGGGUUAAGCAGAGGGGGCCGAAUGUCGGUCCUCGGCCUCGCUGUUAGUAAUGGCCCAUCAUGAAUCACACUCCACAUCUGUGUCACCAGAGCCAUUAUUCUCUCCAUCACUUCAGUAAGAGAGAUCGAGGGGGAAAAAAAAAAAAGGCAAACACUUGGCAGUGACCAGAGGUGGCUCCGUGCCUCUUUAGGAUUUAUAUUUGCGAUGCUCUAGAAAUUAAUGCCUGCGCUGAUGGUGGGACCGGCGGAGACGAGCGACCCCGCCUGGCCCCGCUUUUAAUGUGAUUGUCCAGAGUGAGUCAUCUUUAAAGCGUUUCCCAGAUAAAGGAAAUGAAUGGCUUUGUCAGGGCGUGGUGAUAAUGCCAUCUAUCAAACCCACUUCUCUGGAGCUGACCCAGAUGAUGAGCGCCGGAUUGGAGGAGCGCUUUGUGGACUCCGCAUUUUUGUACUCAGGGAAAACGGCCCGUCCGAGCAUGACAUCGUCUUGUAAGAAUUGUAAAUCUUGCGUGUAGAUAAGUAAAAUGUGCAUGUUUUAUGUUAAUACAGAUUUAUAUCAAAUCCUGUAAAUAGAAAAAUUGAUGUUUGUUAAUAAAAGCUUCAUUGCUUGGCA